GUUGCAAGAAUGUUCACUAUGACCUCGUCUUCAUCUUGGAUGCCUCCUCCAGCGUCGGAAAAGAAGAUUUUGAGAAAGUUCGUCAGUGGGUGUCUAAUUUGGUAGAAACCUUUGAGAUUGGCCCAGACAAAACCCGUGUAGGUGUGGUGAGAUACAGUGAUCGUCCAACCACAGAGUUUGACCUGGGAAAGUACAAAACCCGUGAGGAAAUCAAAGAGGCUGCACGAAAAAUUAAGUAUUAUGGGGGUAAUACGAACACUGGAGACGCUCUCAGAUACAUCAACACCUACAGUUUUUCCAAAGAAGCUGGUGGCAGACUUAGUGAUCGAACUGUUAAAAAAGUGGCUAUCCUUCUGACUGAUGGAAGGAGUCAGGAUUAUGUCUUGGAUCCAGCCACUGCAGCCCAUCAGGCUGGGAUUAGAAUCUUUGCUGUGGGUGUUGGUGAAGCCUUGAAAGAGGAACUUGAUGAGAUUGCUUCAGAACCCAAGUCUGCUCACGUGUUCCAUGUUUCUGAUUACAAUGCCAUUGAUAAAAUUAGAGGGAAGCUAAGAAGACGUCUCUGUGAAA